AUGCAACAACAACCAGUUACCAUUUCUUCAUCUGACGCAACUACACCCUACCACCACUCUCUUCCGACAAACCAAGUCAUAUCCUCUACAACAACAACAACUCCUCUCAAAACAACAACUUGUUUUGAGAAUCGACAAGAGGAUGACAAGACUGCUCUCGUAUUGGAUGAUGAAACAUCCUCCGAUGGAAGAGAAAUACUUCUCAACUCGACUACUACUACAACACCUCCUCAUCCAUCUGUUUCUACUCAUCCAAUGACCAUGAUGGGUAUACCUCAACCAGCAGCACACUUUCAAAUUCCAAAACUUGCUCUUUCUAAUUUGAAUAAUAAUAAUUUCGUGAUGAAUCAGAUGAUUACCACACCACAACAACAACAAUUUUAUUAUAUGAAUUCUUCCUCUAAUUUUCAAUCUCCUAAUGCUUUUCAUAUUGCCAACAACAAUUAUCCACAAUUUCAGCAACAACAACCAUCACAUAAUAUUGUGCCAAACACUUCUCCCAAUAGCAGUCGGAGUCAUCAUUCUUCCAAUUCCAAUAAUAACAACACAAACAACAAUUAUGGAUUUCCUCCUCCAAAUCAUUAUGGUGUCAUGUAUUCCACUCCUUCUCCGAUGAGUACUUCUCGAAGACAUCGAUACAUGAACAAUAUGAUGACAACAACUUCAACACCUUCUUCACAACGAUUUUCAAUGACAAGUCCAAUGUCACAUCGUCAUCCAGUGUUGAUGCAUUCUGCUUCGACUCCUUCGUUGUGGCGAAAUGUCAACGAAAGCAAUGGAGUGCACAUGGGAAUGAUGAACAUGAAUAAUACAUCACAACAACCAGUGAUGUAUGUACACCCACCACACCAAUACAUGAACCAUUCACAACAACUGCAGCAGUUUCAACCACAACAACAACAACAACUGCUGAAUAAUAACUCUUUCCAACCAAUUUCACAUCCUACGACACCUGAUGUCGAUAGUCAACAACUAAUGAUGAGCUCAUUGACAGCAGGAAAUGGAGUCGUGACAUCACAGACUGUUUCGUCCUUAGAGGAACACGCAGCAGUGGAUGCUUUGUGUGAGAGACAAUUCGAUCGACUUUUCAACAGCGUUGGAGCAUUAUUGGAUGAGUCCGAAAGAGAAGUUGAACACUUGAGAAUGUGGAAUGAGAAAGCUUGUGAAGAAAUUGAUUUCUUAAAUCAAGUGAGGGAUAACUUGAUAUUUCAAUGUGAAGAAUUAACAAAAGAGCUCGAAACAGAAAAAACUAACAUGCUAUCUAAAACCAAAGAAAUUGAAACGAUUAAAUUCGAUUUGGAAUUAAAAAAUUUAGAGAAUCGAAAUUUUGAGAGACAAAUAUUUACUUUGAAACAACAAAUUGUUGAAUCUUUAAUCGCUUAG